AUGGAGGAGUAUUACAAGCACGAGACGACAGGCCGUCUUAGGUGCGACUACAUGGGACGCCCAAUCCUCGUCCAGGGCGGGCGGCUCGAGGAGGCGUACCGCGUGCUGGAGAAGACGCACAAGGUGGAUGCGGGGUUCGAGGACCUCAAGGAUGAGGGCACGUUCUCGAACUUGUUGGCCGUGCGGAACCGGCCGCAGCUCAUCAUCCUAGAGUUCCAGCAGCUGUCGGGCAUGAACUCCAUCACGUUCUACUCUCCGGUCAUCUUCCAUGGUACAAACAAAUAUAAGAGUGUUGAGAUCACUACUUUAGUGAUCUAA